AUGUCAGAAUUACUAAGACAGACUUUUGCCAAUGCAAAAAAAGAGGGUCGUAAUGCUCUUAUUACCUUCAUGACCGCUGGUUACCCUAGAGUUGAAGAUACUAUUCCAAUUCUAAAAGGCUUCCAAGAAGGUGGUGUUGAUGUGAUCGAAUUAGGUAUGCCAUUCUCGGAUCCAAUCGCAGAUGGUCCUACGAUUCAAGUGUCUAACACUGUAGCCCUUCAAAAUAACGUCACUUUGAAGCAAACUUUGGAACUGGUCGCAAAAGCUAGAGCAGAAGGUAUUACCGUGCCCAUUCUCCUCAUGGGUUAUUACAACCCAAUUUUGACCUACGGUGAAGAACGAUUCAUUAAAGAUGCAGCUGAAGUUGGUGUCAACGGGUUUAUCAUUGUGGAUCUACCACCUGAAGAAGCUCUCAAGGUAAGAAACUACGUUAGAGAUAAUGGAUUGAGUUUGAUUCCACUAGUGGCACCAUCAACCACAAAUGAAAGAUUAGAACUUUUGUCUAAAGUUGCAGAUUCUUUUGUCUACGUGGUCUCUAGAAUGGGUACUACUGGUGCUCAAUCUUCGAUGGCAAAUGAUUUGGAUGAGUUGGUGAAUCGUGUGAAGCAGUAUACCAAAGAAAUUCCAAUUGCAGUUGGAUUCGGUGUUUCCCACAGGCAACAUUUCUUGGACGUUGGUCAACACUCUGAUGGUGUCGUCAUCGGGUCUAAGAUCAUCACCCUGGUUGGUGAAGCUCCUGAGGGUAAACGUGGAGAAGUCGCAAAGAAUUACGUUAGUGAAAUCUUGAACGGUGUCACACAUAGUACUUUGUCUAAGGAGGAGUUCAAAGAAAUUCAGAAAAAAUCCAUUGAGAUCGCAAAACAGCAACAGGAAUUAGUUAACACCUUCCAAGAAGUCCACAAGUUCCCAAUUAGAUUUGGUGAUUUCGGUGGUCAAUACGUACCAGAAGCGUUACAUGCAUGUUUAAGAGAAUUGGAACAAGGUUUUGAUGAGGCAGUUGUUGAUCCAAAAUUCUGGGAAGAUUUCAGAUCUUUGUACUCCUACAUCGGCCGUCCAUCAUCUUUGCAUAAGGCAGCUAGACUUUCUGAAUACAUUGGCGGUGCUCAAAUCUGGUUGAAAAGAGAAGAUUUGAACCACACCGGUUCUCACAAGAUUAACAACGCUUUAGCUCAAGUUUUAUUGGCUAAGAGAUUGAAAAAGACUGAAGUCAUUGCAGAAACCGGUGCAGGUCAACAUGGUGUGGCCACAGCUACUGCAUGUGCUAAAUUCGGUCUUGGUUGUACCGUCUUUAUGGGUGCUGAAGAUGUUCGUCGCCAGGCUCUUAACGUUUUCAGAAUGAGAAUCCUUGGUGCUAAAGUGGUUGCUGUGACUAACGGUACUAAGACUCUAAGAGAUGCUACCUCAGAGGCAUUCCGUUUCUGGGUCAGUAAUUUAAAGACAACUUACUAUGUGGUUGGUUCUGCUAUUGGCCCUCAUCCAUACCCAACUUUGGUGCGUACCUUCCAAAGUGUUAUCGGACAAGAAACUAAAGAACAAUUUGCCGCUCUUAACGACGGUAAAUUGCCUGAUGCUGUCGUUGCAUGUGUCGGUGGUGGUUCUAACUCCAGUGGUAUGUUUUCACCUUUUGAAAAAGAUUUAAGCGUCAAACUUCUCGGUGUGGAAGCAGGUGGUGAUGGUAUUGAUACUGAUUACCAUUCUGCUACUUUGACUGCUGGUAGACCAGGUGUUUUCCACGGUGUGAGGACCUUCGUCCUUCAAGAUAAAGAGGGUCAAGUCCAUGAUACUCACUCUGUGUCUGCAGGUUUAGAUUAUCCUGGUGUUGGUCCCGAAUUAGCAUUCUGGAAGGCAUCUGGUCGUGCUGAUUUUGUAGCAGCCACUGAUGCUCAAGCUUUGCAAGGUUUCAAAUUAUUGUCACAAUUAGAAGGUGUGAUUCCAGCAUUAGAAACUUCUCAUGCAGUCUACGGUGCUUGUGAGUUGGCAAAGACCUUGAAACCAGAUCAACAUAUCAUUAUCAAUGUGUCUGGUAGAGGUGACAAGGACGUUCAAUCCGUAGCAGAAGUUCUACCUAAAUUGGGUCCUAAGAUUGGAUGGAACUUGAGAUUCGAAGAGGACCCAUCAUCUGGUUAA